AUGGAGUGGGAACAGCAGAUUCCCAAUCCGCAGUCUAAUCCGUCAAGUUUGUCAAGUGAUUCCGCUAGCAGUGGUGGGACAAGAUCUGAAAAAAUAACAACACUGAAGCAGAUUCCCCCAAGUUCUACUGUUUCCACUUUGUCAAAAUUAACGGACGAUGAACUACGAAAGAAAGGUGUGGAGGAUCUCUUAAGAAUUGUACGCAGGGUGGAGGCAGACUACAAAUCCUUAUUAAGGGAACAUGGGAACAUGGUGAAGGAUGUUAACCAAAGACUUCAGAUCUUCAUGCUGGAAACAAGGAGCCUAAAAGAGUUCAAUCAGAAGCUGCAAGACGACAAUCAGGAACUUCGAGAUUUGUGUUGCUUUUUGGAUGAUGACAGGCAGAGAGGUCGAAAGUUAGCCCGUGAGUGGCAGCGGUUUGGACGCUACACUGCUAGUGUAAUGAGAAGUGAGGUGGCGGUGUAUCAGGAGAAACUGCGGGAACUUGAGGACAAACAGAAUGAACUCAUUAUUGAAAACAUGGAGCUGAAGGAGUUGUGCCUCUUUCUGGAUCAAGAACGUGUGCGAAUGACUGGCGAUCGAGAUGAAGGAGAUGGCAGCAGCAAUGGGACUGUCACAGGACAUGAAGACGGCAUUGGGGAAACAGCAGGGUCAGGAGCUGCAGGCCAGAGUGUACCAGUACCAAGCAGUUACCCAGUCUCUCCUAGUUCAACUGCUAGUUACAUCCGCGAACUGGAGCAAAAGGUCCGUUUACUGGAGGAAGAAAAGAAAUUAUUAGCACAGAGAGUUGAUCAUGUUACUGCUGAUGGCCAUGAUGUGCUGUCUCCACUCUUCACCAGCACACCCUCUGGUCACACACUGAACAAGGAACAUACUCAGUCAUUGCAUGGAUUGAAACCAGGUGCUAUAUUGCUGAGAAAGUCACCUGUAUCUAGCAAACCAGAGACUGUAAUGCAUGCCAUGAAGGUUCUUCAAGUCCACGAGGAGCUAGAGAAAACACCCACAGACAAUGAUGGAUUAGAUGAUCCAGAAAAGGCAAUUGUUAGAGAGAUGUGUAAUGUUGUGUGGAGGACACUUGGAGAUGUUGAAGAUAUUGGAAGUUUUAAUGAAUCCUCAGACAGUAUACAAGAACCACCCUUUGUAGCAGAACUAGCUCCUCCUGGCAAGCCCAGUGUUCCUUCUAGCUCAGAUCAAACUUAUGGCCAAGGCCACACUUUUGCCUACACUAACACGCAGACUGCAGCAAAGCAGUCUAAUGUUGGAGGUCAUUUCCCAGCUGCUACAGCAGGGCCUGCUUCUUUUCAGCCACAGCCACAGCGAAAAGUGUUCCCAAAACCUGUGCAAGAUUCAAAACAGCAACAGGUCAGUCAGUUAUUGUACAGCCAGGGUUAUAGUGAUUCAGGAAUGAGAAAUAAUCAGGGUUCAGCUACGGAGAGAUUAGGUAUAGACAGAAAUAGAAGUGGUUCUUACAAGCAGUCAGUAGAGAGAGCAGACGAUCAGAAAAGCCAGGAUCAGAAACAUCCUUCCCACACGGUGCUGGAUGCUGGUGGUAAACCUCAUGCUCAGCAACUUCCAACUCAUCUUCAGCAUCAGCAGCCACCUCCACUAUCAUCACGUGACUAUCAGCAGAGUCUGCCAGAUUCUGGCAGCAACAUCUACCCUGGUCAUCAGAGGCCUGCAGAACUGUCUGCAAGGUCUGCUCCCCUGCCGGUGCAUUUUCAGCAGCCUCAACCAUCAACCAUACAUCAGCAUUCGCAGAGUUCGACUGCUGUUGCAACACAUGCUCAUCCUUCACACAGACCUGCAGAUCUCAACGCCAGACCUGGGGAUCACCCUCUGCAUUAUCAACCACCUCAGCAUCUGCCAUCGUCCUCUAUUCCAGGCAAUCAGAGGAUUGUGGACUCAAGUACCAAUAAACUGCAGAAUGAACGUGGUCAUUCACAGCAUAAUGACGCAAACAGCUUUGCUGGAAAUCAGCCCCAGCAGCAGCGAAAUACAAAAGCAUACCCUCACCAGCAGGUCAAAUUAUUAGAUGCGCCAGGUACCAGUCGCCAUUUCCAGAGGUCAGCACCUACUCAAGGUCAAGUACACAGUAGGGAUUCGGUUCGUGAAGACAGCUCCCUUGGGCAGACACGACUGCAUAGCAGAGGAGACCCUGCUUACAGUGAAAGGAAUUCAAGUGAAAGAGACCCUCAGUUGCAUCUAGCAUCAAGAUCAUUAUCAUCAUCAACUCUCCCUAACACAUCAAAUGUCCAGAUACCAGUACAGAACCUACAAGGUGUAAAAUCGGCACAAAACAGUAAAGGUCCUUCAGUUUUCAGAGCUUAUCCUCCACAGUUAGCUUCUUUGCCAGCCCAGUCAGUAUCAUCUAGAGGGUCACAAAAUCAGGAAAUGUCAUCCGGCAGCAGCCAAAAUCAGCAGGAUGCCACAAGAGGGAUCUACAUUUCAGGAAAUCAUCCACAAAAUAAAGGCAGCCUCGCAGGUAAACGGUUGCAAGAGUCAGAGUGGAGACAGACAUAUUUGGAUGAUAGUGACACCCUCUGA